CUCUUUUCUUCUGGAACAACUUUCUGUUUACACUUAUUCUCUAUCUACUCUCAUCUAUCCUCUCUCCUCUCUCAUCUAUCCUCUCUCCUCUCUCAUCUAUCCUCUCUCCUCUCUCCAUCUCCAUCUCCAUCUCCAUCUUUAAACCCCCGAAAUGCACUUCUCCGUAACUGCCCUCCUGCUCAGCGGGCCCCUCGCUCUGGCUGCGACGGCAGCAGCCAGCAUUACUGCCUCCCAGCUGGAGACCAUCGCCCCAACCUCCAACACCUGCGACAAUCCCCCGGCGGCAGGCGAGUGUGCAACCGCCGACCAGGCCGCGCCGUACAUCAACGCCGCCUUUGAACAGUACAACGUCACCUCGCCGGCGGAGCAGGCCGCUGUCCUCAGCUUGAUAGCCUUUGAGACGCUUGAUUUCAAGUAUAGUAAGAACCAUUUCCCUGGUGUUCCAGGACAGGGCACACGCAAUAUGCAAUCACCGGCAUUCAACUCCAAGUACGCAGCCAGCAUCCCCGCGCUGGCAGGUAAUCUGAGCAGCGUCUCGUCUGAUCCCGUGGCGGUGCUGAACCUGCUCCUCGCGGACGAGAACUAUGAUUUCGGCUCUGGGGCAUGGUUCCUGACGACGCAGUGCUCGGCGGAGCAGCGGACUCAGCUGGCUACAGGCUCGCAGGCGGGUUGGGAGGAGUAUAUCUCUAGUUGUGUGGGGACGACGGUGACAGAUGCGCGGAAGGCGUACUGGGAUCGGGCUGUCAGUGUUUUGGGAGUGAGCAGUAGCGCAUCCUGA